AUGAAUUUUGCGGAAAUUUUGAAUCAAUCUGUGUGCCACUACUUGGGCAAUUUCACCUCUAUGGGCUGCUUAACAUUUCUCUUGACCUGUGGCAGUUUGAUAGCGGCCUUAGUACUCUAUGCCCUGUGGAAAUACAAAGAGGGACCCAGUUAUUGCAAAACAAAUCGCAUUGAUGGUAAAAUUGUUAUUAUAACCGGUUGCAACACCGGUAUUGGUAAAGAAACAGCACUGGAAUUGGCCAGGAGGGGUGCACGUAUUUAUAUGGCCUGUAGAGAUUACAAUCGUUGUGAAAAGGCCCGACAAGAUAUUAUCUAUGAAACGGGUAAUUCGAAAAUUUUUAAUCGUCGAUUGGAUUUAAGUUCUCUGCAAUCGGUAAGGGAAUUUGCCGAGCAAUUUAAGAAGGAGGAAGAACGUUUGGACAUUCUCAUCAAUAAUGCUGGGAUUAUGGCCACACCUCGAAAGCUGACCGUUGAUGGCUAUGAACAACAAUUUGCCGUUAAUCACUUGGGACACUUUUUGUUAACAAAUUUGUUAUUGGAUCACCUAAAAGCUGCUGCUCCCAGUCGCAUAAUUGUCGUCAGCUCUUGGAUGUAUGCUUUGGGACGCAUUCAAACUGAAGAUUUGAACAGCGAAAAAAGUUAUAACGAUUUUCGUGCUUAUGCCCAGAGUAAAUUGGCCAAUGUUUUGUUUACCCAAAAAAUAGCGAAAAUACUAAAGGGUAGCGGCGUCACUGUCAAUUGUUUACAUCCCGGCUCCGUGCAAACUGAACUAUUUCGUAAUAAUCGUUUUCUUGCCAUUUCAAGUCAAUUGACAAAGUUGGCUUUACGUUCACCGCGUGGUGGUGCUCAGACUUCCAUAUACUUAGCAUUGGAUCCAGAUUUGGUGGAACAAACUGGUGGCUACUAUGAUCGCAUGACGUUACAGAAAUUGGUUGCAAAAGCUUGUGAUAACGAAAUGGCCGAUUGGUUGUGGCAGAAAAGUGCAAAAAUGGUUGGAUUACAAAAGUGA